AUGGAGUCCCUCCCAUCUGAACUUCGCUGCGAAAUUUACGCUCAAUGUGUGAACAUCCGCGCCUACGGACUGAUGUAUGUCAAUAAACAGUUCUACAAUGAAAUCAGACCCCUUCUUAAAGAGGAUUUCGUCCUCGGCUUCCAUAUAGACCCUUCUUCGUCUACAGAGGUCAAGCUCAUCAGCCCUAACAACUCCGCAUGGGGAGGGCAAUGGGUGCUCGACGCCGCAUCAACGCACACUGACUACAGUUUCAUUAAUCGGAUGCCCUUGGACCAUUUCAAAGGCAUUCGCAUUUUAAUUGAUCCUCCAAGCUUGAACGAUCCAGGACAAGUUGUGCGAGGCUGGUUGCAGUCUAUCAAACUUGUUAACGCUCUGCUGCUCGAUUGGAACACGCCGGAUCUGAUCCCUAAAGCGGAAGAAGAUGUCUGGCUCCCCCACACACGAUUGUCAAAUCGAUUGCCUCCAAUAACCAUUCAGGUUCGAGAGACCAAGACGGUCAAAUGGCAUAGAAGAGGGUCUUGA